UCUCAUUCGAAAACCUUUCCUUUUUCCGAUAUAUACAGUAUUAAUAAUGAUGCACCGCUUGUUGGUAGCUUUAUUGCUAGCUGCUAUCUUGCCCCUUGCUCUGGGGAGCACAGGCGGUUCAAGUGGAUCAUCCGGAAGCGGGGGAGCGACUAAUGGCCAAGUCCAGUUGAACAUUCAGCAAGCAACCGCCCUGGACGAUGGUAACCACAACUCUGUGGGUCAGUCUCAAAACAUCGCCUCCGGCACAUCGCUGAGCAUCGGAGGCGGCAGCAGCUCCAGCCUGCAGUAUGACCCUACAGUGACCGCCAAACCAGCCGCCGCCUCCGGCAGUAACUAUGUGAAUGCCUAUGGUAACGCGCAGACCGGUGUCCUGCAGAACAACCAGAACAGCCAAUCCAACAGCACCAGCAACGGACAGCACCACAAUGUCAUCAGCCAGUCGCAGGUCAUCGGCAACGGUACGGGAAUGUCGAUGAGUAAUUCGGCCAGUGGCAGUCUGUAUCUGGCCAAUCCCACCUCGACCACGCCCUAUCCAACCCGCUACCCUUGUCAGGGCGUUACAUGCUACGGUUACGGGUGUACAAUAAUUGAGAAUGGAUAUUCCUGCUACUGCUCCUGCCCCUAUAUAUAUACACCUACUUACUAUUAUGACUAUACAACAUACCCAUCGAUGCCAUCACCGGCACCGCCCGCACCAGCGCCCCAUGCAGUCGAUCAGCGACAGAGAAAACCCGCGCCGUCGAGUAACACUAAGGGACGAAACGUGCAGAAAGGCCGCGAGAAAGCGCCGGCACGUGGGAAGGCGCAAGCGAACAAUGGUCAUACGUCCAAACCCCAUAAUUCCCGUUCCAAAGCUUAA